CAGCACCAUGAUGCGGACCGUGCUCCUCUCCUUGGCGCUCACUGCCUGCGUCUUUGCGGCCGAGCUGCCUAUUCGUCGCAUCCCGCACAGCGGAAUCCACCGGGGGUUCGGCCGCUUCCGCGGCCGCAUCGUCGGCGGCCAGGACGCCACCAAGGGGCAGUUUCCAUACCAAGUAUCGCUGCAGUGGGUGGUGCUGGGCAUAUCUUCUCACACGUGUGGUGGCUCGAUAAUCAGCACCAAAGCCGUCCUCACAGCUGGACACUGUACCCAAUCUGGUUUGUUGGCAUACUAUGUGGCAGUAGCCGGAGAACACGAUUUAAGUGCUGACGAAGGGACCGAGCAGACGAUCGAAGUGGCAGACCAGAUCCUGCACCCUGAUUACAAGCCUUGGGGGAACGUUGCAAUCAACGACGUGGCCGUCUUCACCCUGCAGUCGGAGCUCACCCUGAACACCUACGUCCAGAAAAUAGCUCUUCCCGUGGCUGACAGUGUUCCCACUGCUGGAUCCAUUGCUGCGCUCUCCGGCUGGGGCAGCACCAAGAGCGGUAUUCUGCCGCACGACCCGGACAUCCUGCAGUACGUCGACGUCACCGUCAUCGGGAUGACCGAGUGCUACGAGCUGCUGGAAAAUUACAGCGCCCUCAACGACAACAACGUGUGCACCGGGCCGGUCACCGGGGGCAUCGCCGCCUGCACCGGAGACUCCGGCGGGCCGCUGGCCCAGGACGGCACAGUGAUAGGGAUCGUGUCGUGGGGUCUGAUGCCGUGCGGCUCAGAGGGCGCGCCAACCGUCUUCACCAGGGUCUCUGCCUACGAAGACUUCAUCAAUCAGUACCUUUAAUUCAGCGGCGCUGCGGCUGUUAUCAGUUUCAGUGACAUAAUAAAUUGAU